CGCCACCCUGAUCUGGAGGCAGAGAACCACACAGGCUCUGUUCGUGUGGCCUGGGAGGGACAGGCCAGGAUUGCCUCCAGGACAGAAGUUUCAGCUGAAGCCAAGAGAGAAGGAGCCGCUGGAGCAAACGCCAUGCUGCUGUGCUCUUUGACCCUCACCCUCAUCUGGCUGGUGGUUUCUGGCCUUGAGUGCGACAUGAAGGAAGUUUGUCUUGGAAGCCCUGGCAUCCCUGGUACUCCUGGAUCCCAUGGCCUUCCAGGAAGAGAUGGGAGAGAUGGUAUCAAAGGAGACCCUGGACCUCCAGGCCCCAUGGGCCCCCCUGGAGGAAUGCCAGGCCUCCCUGGGCGUGAUGGGAUGACUGGAGCCCCUGGCCUCACUGGAGAGCGUGGAGAAAAGGGAGAGCCUGGUGAGAGGGGCCCCCCAGGGCUUCCAACUUAUCUAGACAAGGAGCUCCAGAGCACACUCCGUGAGAUCAGCCAUCAAAUCCUGCAGUCGAUGCGUGUCCUCAGUUUUCAGGGCUCCAUGCUGGCAGUGGGAGAGAAGGUCUUCUCCACCAAUGGGCAGUCGGUCAAUUUUGAUGCCAUUAGAGAGUCAUGUGCCAGAGUAGGUGGACGCAUUGCUACCCCAAGGAGUCCAGAAGAGAAUGAGGCCAUUGCAAGCAUCGUGAGGAAGCACAAUACUUAUGCUUACCUGGGCCUGGCUGAGGGUCCCACUGCUGGAGACUUCCACUACCUGGAUGGAACCCCUGUGAAUUACACCAACUGGUACCCAGGGGAGCCUGGGGGUCGGGGCAAAGAGAAGUGUGUGGAGAUGUACACAGAUGGCCAGUGGAAUGACAAGAACUGUUUGCAGUACCGACUGGCCAUCUGUGAGUUUUGAGCAGGCACCAAGGCCACAGGAUGGAGGGGGUCCUGCCUUGCCUUUCAGCCUACAUCCUGGGGAAUCCACCUGGUCUGUGAGGUGCUGUAACACCUUUGUGGCUAUAAGAGUUGGAGGCGUCUUAGCCACUCCACUCCCAGGUGGGCCCUGACUCCUCCCCCUUGAUUACUAAUCAGUCUGACUCCCCCUGGAGCCCCUUCUCAGCUUUGCACUCUAGACAGCCACUCUAACUUUGCCCUUUGGCAAGAGAUGGAGGCUUCUUUCUUCCUCUUCUUGUCCAACUCCUUCAUUUAUAGAUGGCAACAGUGAGGUCCUGGGAUGGAGGUUCCCUCCAAAAGCACACACAGGGUGCCUGCUUCCUGGCCCCUCUACUCUUUCUUUACAGCCCGCUGCCUGCCCAGCCUUAUCAAGAUGUAGCAGUCAGUGCUGCUCAAGCAUAAUGAUAGACGGGUGGACUUCUGGGAAAUUCCAAAUGUGUGGAGCUAAGGAUACAUUUGGGAUUAUCUGGCAGCCUGAGGUCUGUGGGGCACAUCUGCUCAGGCUCUCCAUGAUGUCAGAGGGCCUUGUGGUACCCCAGCAUGGUGGAGGCCAACCCACCCCUAGUGAUUGGCAUGUAUUAUCCACUCCCUUGACUCUUGGGGUACCAACUCAACUCCCUGACCUAAAAGCAGCCAGCCUAUGCCUCUAGGGAAGAUCUCACCCCCCACCUCAGACAUUACCCAAGUAACUUCCUGCUGAUGAACACAUCCCCACCACUUCAGACCUCAGUGAGGUGUUUAUUGAGCAUAUACUAUAUACCAAGUGCCUUGACAAGCACUUCUAAGACAUCUUAUAAACUAUGAUUUAAUCUUCACACGGUGCCAUGGAACAAGAAUUAUUCUCCCCAUUUUUUAUACAAGAACACUGAAACUUAAAGAAGUUAAAUGUUUUGAGUUUUGUUACACGGAGCAAGUGACAGAGGCUGGUUUCAAACCCAUCUACCUGAACCUGAAGCUUGUGCUCAUCACCACCCCACCCUCUCACUGAACAGAGAUGAUUCAAGUAUAAUAAAUCAUGAAUAUGUUAA